CAAUGAUGAUGGGCCCUCUAUAGAGACUGUGAGCUGCAUUCAGCUGGCCGCCCACAUUUCCUGUGCAUGCAAAUGGCCAAAUGCAAUCCUCAUGAAAGAAGUAUAUCUCUGACAUUGAAUGUGAGCAGCAACCUGUUGACAGGGGUCUCGCAAGCAGCAUUUUCAGAGGCUGGUUUUCGUGGAGCUUGUUGGUGGCUCCUUACUGCUUUCACCACACUCCUCUCUGAAGAUAAAGAGGACUUUGAGUGCUAACACGAUGAACAGGGCUGCUUAGCGGAUUGGACGUAAUGGCGCUCUCCAGCACAAAUAUCUUGUCCCCAACCAGAAUUCCAAUUGGGUCCUUGUCCACCGGCUUUGAAGACCGCUCACAUGCUUCUUUUGAGAAGAGCCGUCAGCUGACAAGUUUCUGCGCACAAGCAAAUGUAUACCAGCACUGCAGAACCCCCUUCAGAAUGCGCUCAGACUGCAUAGUAAAGAAAGCUCGUGGAAAGUCAUAUCCAGCUUCAAGCGUGCUGCGGCGAAAGCAAUGCACAUUGUUGAGAAAAGAGGCCGCUCUGCUCCCUUCUGUGAGAAUAUGCUGCUCACUUGGAGCAGGUUACGAAGGGCCUGCUGAAGCACGGCUGGCUAGCGCUGAAACAGUUUCGGUGGGGGGUCACGAUGGAAUGAAGCUGGAGAUAUCACGUCUGGUCAACGGCAUGUGGCAAGUAAGCGGGGGUUGGGGCCGAAUCAACCCGGAGCAUGCUGUCGACAGCAUGAUUCAGCAUGCAGACAAGGGUUUUACAACAUUUGACAUGGCUGAUCAUUAUGGGCCGGCCGAAGAACUGUAUGGCAGGUUUGUUAAUCGCCUUCGUCGGGAAAGGGAGGAGGAAGCCUCCAAAGUUCAGGGGCUGACGAAAUGGGUGCCCAUGCCUGGCAAGAUGACGCGCCAAGUCGUGGAGGAAAACGUUGACAAGAGCCGCCGGCGGAUGGAUGUCGCCUGUCUCGACAUGAUGCAGUUUCAUUGGUGGGAGUACGAGGACAAAGGUUAUCUUGACGCCUUGAAGCAUAUGACGGAUCUCAAAGAAGAGGGAAAGAUCAAGGUGCUGUCGCUGACCAACUUCGACACGAAAAGGCUGCAGACCAUACUCGAGGCAGGCAUCCCCAUUGCGAGCAAUCAGGUUCAGCACUCGUUGGUGGACAUGCGCCCCCAGGGCGAGAUGGCCAAGCUGUGCGAGAUCACUGGGGUCAAGCUGAUCACGUACGGCACCGUUAUGGGGGGACUUCUGAGCGAAAAGUACCUCCAUACUCGAGACCCCAGCAGCAUGUUCGGCGGCCCCCCUCUCGACACGCCCUCACUGAACAAGUACAAGCGGAUGGUCGACGCGUGGGGCGGGUGGGAGCUGUUCCAGGAACUGCUGCGGGAGACGAAGAGGGUUGCGGAGAAGCAUGAGGUCACCAUUCCGCUCGUUGCCAUGAAGUACAUCUUGGAUCAACCGGCUGUUGCUGGUUCUAUGGUUGGUGUGAGGCUAGGACUGUCGGAGCACAUCAAGGAGAAUAGGAAAGUCUUUCCCCUCACUUUGGAUGAGGAAGAUAGAGGUCGGAUCGACUCUGUUCUUCAGAGGGGAAAGGAUCUUACGCGAGUGAUAGGGGACUGCGGUGACGAGUACCGAAGAGGUUAGCUUGACUCAGGUAGUACAGUUUUGGCAUUGGGAGGCAUCGUUGUGACCACGUCUUGGAGGUCUUCUGGUGGUUAUGAAGGAUACCUCUAGAUUCAUAGACUCACUCAUAGCGUGUCAAAACCCACGAGCAUACGUGUACAAAAUCGGAGAGAAAAAAGGAUUCGAGUAGCCGAAGGAUGUUCCGAGGCUGCACAAUCGUGCAUGCGACAAUACAAAUACAAACUGAGAGGGUUUGAUAGGUGUCCCUUACCAUUUUUAACGUGCUGUGGCAUGAGUUCUCUGACAC